AUGCAACGCCGCUUGCAGUGUUGUUUAAUGCGUGUAGCGCGCUUACAUUCGGCAGCAUUGAUGCAUAAUACAAAUGGUUGGCUUAUGAUAUCUUGCAGAACCGUACACAUUACAGAGAGUGAGGCACAGUCGUUGGUACAUUUGUCUGAGGCGCUUUUUUCUGAUGAGGCAAAUGCUCUGGGAGUAUGUCUACCCGAUACCAGCCUUAACCUUGACGGAGAAAGUGGGGAAGGGGAUUUAUAUACUGAGACACUCACAACAGAGAAGUAUAUGGAUGUGCUCGUUAGUUCACCAACACAAAUAGAUACGAGGGGAAAUGUUUCUGCUUCAUCAACGGAUCUGAUGAUGCCGCUUACGCAAGCGGUGCAAGAACUGAAGUUAUGUCAGCAAAGAGAAGAUCAGCGAGCCAUUUCUGCAGCGCUUUCAACAGCCAUGUGUGCGUUGAUGGGAAGUAGUUCAUCUCCUUCCAGUGCUGCUGCAGCUGAGUUAUUGUUAGCCGGUGCAGACUUGAAAGCAAUCAUUUCUGAUGGUACUAUUCGACAUAUGUGCAUUGAGGAUAAAUGCAUGAGUCGAUGUGAUUUUUCCACUUUGUCACUACUUUCUGUACAGGCAAAUCGCGUGGAUUUCUCGCGCAGUCUCUUUUAUGCUGCUGCCUUCCAUAAUUGUGUGUUUAGGAACUGCUCUUUUGAGGGGUGUGUACUGAAGGAACUCCGAUGUUUAGGAGAUGUGUGUUUUGAUGGAUGCUCCUUUUGUUUUGCGAACAUAUCGUUACGUAUACCUCAUGAGAAACCGAGGCGUAUUUCGGUAUCUUCGGCUGCCACAGAAGGCGUGGGAAGGUAUUCUGCGGAACAUGCUGUGAUAUUUAACCGCUGUGAUUUUGACCUCUGUGAUUUUGAUGGUUGUGAUACCCUUCCUGCAUCUUGCUUUACGAACUGCACCAAUACUCACCUCGCCGCCAAAUUUUCGUCAUGUGUGAGAACAUCAUAA